AUGUGCAUCGUUUGCGUAAUACGUAACGGCGUACAACGUAGCGGGUGGGUCAGUAGUGUAGUGAGCCGUCUGCAUUGUUGUUGGUAGGAUAGAGAAGCCUACUGCAGCCGAUCGUUAACGUUACAGGAAAUAGGAUACGUAAAAUCAUGAAUGAUAUGCUAAACAAAAGAAAAUACUGAUGUUGCAUCCGAUUUUAUGAGUCAAAAGACCUUAGUGGGUACAUGUCUGUAUCCCAUUAUUUUGUCGGUGGGUAGCUGUACUAGCACUCGUUGGAUGAGAACAUUGUGUACGGACCUUCAGCAGCUUAGCAGGCCAUAUCGCCAUUGCUUGUUAAAGCUGCUGCCAUCUACAUCUAAAAGCAUUGGGUUCCAGAGUUUUUUAAGCUGUCAUAAUGAAGAAGAAAGCUCGGCACCACAGGGCCCCUGCACCUCCGCGGCCUUCCUCUCCAAUCAAACCAUCACCCAACAGAGAAACCCUUACUUACGCACAGGCACAGCGCAUGGUUGAACUAGAGAUCGAUGGCCGGGUGCAUCGCGUUAGUAUAUAUGACAAGUUGGACAUCAUCAAUGAUGAUGAUCCAACUGCUCAAGAGAUCUUGGAGUGCACUAGCAACAAGGAAAACAAUGAAAAGCCACAGCAAGUUCUCCUGCGGUCUGUGAGGCUAAAAAAUAACCAGCAGAAGAAAAAUGCUGCUCUGACAAAUGCACAUGGUGGUCAUGUGUCUGGCAGCACACUUCCUGAGCCCAGAAUUCGCACUGUUGAGUACAACCUGCCAGCAGUCCCACGCAGACCCCCGGCAUACUACAAGUAUGUUGAGAAGACUGCAGAGGAGCUUGAUGAAGAAGUGGAAUAUGACAUGGACGAGGAGGACUAUGCGUGGCUGGAGCUAGUCAACGAGAAGAGAAGGAGCGAGGGUUACAGCCAAGUGUCUCAGAAUGUGUUUGAGUUCCUGGUGGACCGCUUUGAGAAGGAGUCAUUCCUUGAGAGCCAGAGCCAAGGGGAUCCUCAGUCCCUCAUUGACGAGGAUGCUGUCUGCUGCAUCUGCAUGGAUGGGGAGUGUCAGAACAGCAACGCCAUCCUUUUUUGUGACAUGUGCAACCUAGCAGUGCACCAGGAGUGUUAUGGUGUGCCCUAUAUUCCUGAGGGCCAGUGGCUGUGUCGCCACUGUCUUCAGUGUCCUAGUCAGCCUGCAGACUGCAUCCUCUGCCCUAACAAGGGUGGCGCUGUUAAGAAGACGGAUGACGACCGUUGGGGACAUGUUGUUUGUGCCCUUUGGGUGCCUGAGGUGGGCUUCUCCAAUACAGUCUUUAUCGAGCCCAUAGACGGCGUGGCAAACAUUCCACCGGCCCGCUGGAAACUGACUUGUUAUCUCUGCAAGGAGAAAGGUGUUGGUGCCUGCAUCCAGUGCCACAAAGCCAACUGUUACACUGCAUUCCAUGUAAGCUGUGCACAGAAGGCUGGCCUGUUCAUGAAAAUGGAACCUAUCAAAGAGAUGACUGAUGCUGGCACCCCCACCUUCUCUGUGAAAAAGACAGCCUACUGUGAUGCCCACACCCCCAAUGGUUGUGUCCGGAGACCUCUUACUAUCUACGAUGAUGCCAAAACCAAAAAUGGACUUUGUCAGAAAACAGAAAAAAAAUGCAAGAGGACACGAUUAAAAGGGAAGUAUAAGAAAAAGAAAUGUAAGAAGACUGAGUCCGAGCCAGUGAUUCCAGCCCCGAGUGUGUCUGUGCCUAGCUUUCCUCCCGAAAGAUUAAAUACAAUCCUCAAUCAGGUUUCUCUUCAGAAGAAGAGGGUGUUUGUCGAGCUGGUCUUGAAUUACUGGACUCUGAAGAGACAAUCUAGGAAUGGACUCCCACUAAUAAGACGGCUUCAGUCUGGCUUACAGACACAGAAAAUUGCACAGCCGAAACACAAUGAGGAGGAGAGCUGGGCCUUAAAAGAACAGCUUAAAGAGUGGCAUCGGUUGCGGCAUGACCUGGAGCGUGCCAGGCUACUUUUGGAGCUGAUCCGCAAGAGAGAGAAGCUGAAAAGAGAAGAGAUGAGGCUGCAGCAGAAGGUGCUGGAGGUCCAGCUCAGUCCGCUCACCAUCCUGCUGCGUGCAGUGCUGGAUCAACUCCAGGAGAAAGACCAGGCCAAGGUGUUUGCACAGCCUGUCAGCCUUAGUGAAGUUCCUGACUACAUUGAUCACAUUAAACUCCCCAUGGACUUUUCCACCAUGAGGAAACGCAUUGAUCUCCACGAAUACCGCAACUUGGAGGACUUCGAGGCAGACUUCAACCUGAUCAUUUCAAACUGCAUGAAGUACAACGCCAAGGACACAUUCUUCUACCGCGCAGCAGUGCGCCUGCGAGACUGCGGUGGAGCACUGCUCAGGAAGACCAGAAGAGACAUCGAGCGCAUCGGCUUUGAGAUGGACAGUGGCAUGCACCUGUCUGAGCAGCCGAAAGUGGAGCCGUCAACACCUUUCACAUGGGAGGAAGUGGACCGCCUGUUGGUCCCAGCCAACCGGGAGCACAUGUCCCUGGAGGAGCAGCUGCGCGAGCUGCUGGAGAAGCUAGACGUAACCACUUCUAUGAAGUCCAGUCCCUCGCGCAGCAAGCGUCUGAAGCUGCUGAAGAAGAUCAUCAACGACAUCAGGAAUGAGAUGAGUCUGAGGAAGACGCUGCCAACCCCCGCAGAAAAGAAACCCGUCGUGGAGACGGGUUCGUUAGAAGAAGGAGAUAAGUCUCUUCCCCCAAAACUUGAACCCUCGGACACCUUGCCUAUGCUCGCAAACUCUGCAAGCAACUCUGAACCUCCUACCCUCAAACCCAUUGACUCCAGCCCUGACCCCAAGUGCCCCAAGCGGGUGAAGUUUGACGGUGGCAAGAGCGGCACCUCAGUGCCCAAGGAGAUGCUCAACGGACACUCGCAAGAUCACCUGCUUCUCUCCGACAGCGACGUCAGUGUGGUGGCCACCUCCACGCUCGCCGCGCCAUCUGCCCCUGUCAACCGGCGCACGGCGGUGCUCUUUCGCAAGUCAAAGAGUGUGAGCCCCCAGAAGCCUGCCCGGGGCAUGGAGGCUCCCACGGCCUGUGCACAGCUCGGCACCAAGACCUUCCUGUCGGUGGUCAUCCCCCGCCUGGAGACGCUCCUGCAGCCCCGGAAACGGACCCGCAGCCCCGGGGGGGACAGCGAGGGCGAGGAUGAGUCCCCUGUCAAACGUUUAGACACAGGCCUGUCCAAUGGCUUCUCUGUGGAGCAGGAGAAGGAGCUCAGUCCCAGCAGGCAACUGGAGCCGCGCCGCCGCUGUGCGUCUGAGUCCAGCAUGUCGUCCAGCAGCAGUGUGCAGGGAAGCUCCAGCUCCAUCCUCAGUCUUCCGAAAUGUGGGAAGGGGAAACCAGCACUGGUGCGGAGGAAUACUGUGGAUGACAAAAAUGAACUAAUCGCUUGCAUUGAGACUGGGAACUUUGCCAAAGCUGCACGGAUUGCUGCUGAAGUUGGCAACAGCAAUAUUUGGAUGCCCGCUAGUGCUGCAACAGUUGUUCUGGAACCUCUAAAACUAGUUUGGGCAAAAUGUAGCGGAUAUCCUUCCUACCCUGCCUUGAUCAUAGACCCUCACAUGCCUCGAGUGGGGUGCCAGCACAACGGGGUGUCCAUUCCCAUGCCCCCGCUAGACGUACUAAGGGUCGGAGAGCAAAUGCAGUACAAGUCCGAAGAGGAGCUCUUUCUUGUCCUGUUCUUCGACAACAAACGCAGCUGGCAAUGGCUUCCUAGAUCCAAGAUGGUCCCACUGGGUAUUGACAAGACUAUUGACAAGAUCAAAAUGAUGGAAGGCCGUACGUCUGCAGUCCGUAAGGCCGUUCAGGUGGCAUUCAGCCGGGCGAUGAACCACCUGAGCCGGGUGCAGGACGAGCCUGUCAGUGACCUCAGUGAUGUUGAUUAGCCAACAUUCUCACCGGUAACUGACUGUAGAAGGACCGUGCCCUAGGUAUGGGUCCUGCUGGUGUUUAGGCAGUGGUCCCCCAAAGGCCUGCUAUGCUCUGGACCUGGAUGGCCUUGUGUCCCUUAGCUCCUCUAACCUCACUGUGGUCGCGUGCCCCCUGGCCUCACUGUUCUUCCAGUUGCUGCUUACUGAAUGUGUCAGUUUCUCCAUCUCCAUUACCGUGCUGUGAGACUGCUGCAAUCGUCACUGCCAAGGCCAUCAUGACUUUCUUUUUGUCCACUCAUCAUUCACUUCAUCUCCACUUGUGGUGGGAAUAGCAAAAAAAAAAAAAUCAACAUAUUUAACAGACUCUGUACAUUACUGUAAAUCAGUGGACACUAACUUAUUGUGUAGAAAAGGAAUUGGUACUGUACAAGAAUAUUUGUAGUAUUUAUACUUCUGGUGAAUUCUGGUUCGUUCUACGGUGCACUCCCUGCCGUUGCUGUGAAUGUCAAGCCCAAAGCUGAAAGACAAUGCUGAGAUUAUGGCUUGAUCAUGUUUGGAAAGUUUUUUUUUUUUUUUUUUUCCUUUGUCUUUCUUUUAAUAUCUUUAAUUGUUUUUAAGUUAUUGAAGUUUAUACACAUAAGCUUCCCUUUGGCAUUAAUGUUUUUGUAAUGCAGAAUGUUUUUACAAGUUUUAGUAUAUUUUGUUCGUACAUAUUUAUAUAACUAAAUAUAUAUCUGUAUUGUCCAGACGCUCACUUGGGAAAGUCUUCGGUUACUAUGGAAAUGGAAAGCGCGUUGAAACCAAAAGAAAAAAAAAAAUGGUCAAAAGAAGUAGAGAUCUUGCUGCCCAGAUUUUACUUUUUUCCAUGCUUUUUUUAAUUGAAUUUGUGUGGUGUGAGUGAUAUUGCUUAUUUGUAUACGGUCUUUUUCACAUAAUGCAUUGUUUUGGUUGUAUUAUGGGACCUUCACAAUAGAUGUAGGAAUCAUGUGCCUGUGUUAUUUAUUGUCAAGUAAAGUAUUUGCAUUACUUUAUAUGAAAAAGAAUUUGAUAUGGAAUAAGGCACAUUUUGGUGGAUAUUUCAGUUGCCUUUUUUUAUUAACAGUAUCUGGUAAAUUUGACGGUUUGACUAGACUUCCAUUUCAUCCACUUAGUUGUGUUCUGGGUAGCAGUGGGUAGUUUUCUAUUCAUCAUGUGUCUAGACUUUUUUUUUUAAUAUGAAUGAGUGCUGGAAAUUUUCUUUUCUUUUUUUUUUAUAGAUUCACUGAUAAUAAAAAAGACCUUACUGA